AUGAAAUUAAAAUAUUUUCUUUCGAUUUUUAAAAUAAUUACCUUAAAACAUGUCGUCAAUAUAAUUGGAAACAUAACAGUGUCUACUAAUUUUGUUCAUUUUCAAAAUCGAUUGCCAAAUAAUAAAUAUUUAUUAACAAAUGACAAUAAUGACAAUGAUCCAUUUUUAUUCAAUUAUAAACAUGUACCAUCGAUAAAAAAAAAUGAACAAUCCUUCUUACAGCUAAAUAUGAAAUAUAAUACUCAAGAAAAUAAUGAAGAAAAUGAUGAUAAUGACGACGGAAAUGAUAAUGAUGAUGACGAAAAUGAUGAAAAUAGCUCCACUUCCAAUUCAAAUUCAAACGAUAAUGAUGACGACGAAGAAGAAAUCCCCCCUACCAAUAAAUUUAAUGUUAAAAAUAGUAUUUUUAAAAAUGUAAAGAAACUUGCAAAUAAUGCCCAUAAUAAGCACAAAAAGAAACAUCAUCACAAAAAAAAAAACCAUCAAGGCGUUAUUUCGAAUGAUGCCAUCCAACCAAAUAGUGCUCCAUCUAAUGUAGUUCAACCAAUUGGUGUUGCAUCUAAUGUAGUUCAGCCCAAUAGUGCUCCAUCUAAUACAGUUCAACCAAUUGGUGUUGCAUCUAAUGUAGUUCAGCCAAAUAGUGUUGCGUCUAAUGUAGUCCAACCACCUGGUGUUACAUCUAAUAUAGUCCAACCACCAGGUGUUAAAUCUAAUAUAGUUCCACCAGCUGGUGCUCAAGAUGCUAGGAAUUUGAUAAAUCAAAAUGUGGUUAACCCUAAUGCUUUAAAUUUAAAUAAUAAUAUCAACAAUAACAAUGUUGGGGCAAAUGUUAAUAAUACAAUAGCAGCUGUUUUAUCUACGGCUGUUGCCCCAAAUAAUAAUAACAAUGUAAACAGUUCAAAUCAAGGGCCCUCAAAUCAGAGUAUAAAUAAUUCAAAUGGUGCUAUUCCAGUUUCUGGAGAACAAAAUAAAAAUGAUAUAUUUUCAAACAUAAUGAAUAAUAAUAAUAAUUUCAAUACCACUGAAAUGAUAUGCAAUUCAAUUAAUUGUACACCAUUAACUAAUGAUAAUAAAGAAAAAAUUCCAUUAAAUGAAUGCACAAAUGUAACAUAUUGUGGAAAUUGUCCUAUAUAUAGUAGCCCUAAAGAUCAGUGGGGUAGUAUGAAAAAUUUACAAGAGGAUAAUAUAAUAAUUUCAUCUGGUUUUGUCGAUAUGGCCGAUCUUGUUGGGAAAAAUAAUCUAAUAAAUAUUCCAUUUCGUUGGGACAAGGUAUCAUUUGAUUUCUCCAAAUGUGUACCUGAUUUAUAUAAAUUGAGAUUGACAUCCACGGAAUUACAAAAUAAAGAUAUAGCUGGACUAUAUAAACAGUUAUAUCGAUUUGCAAAUUUCUAUUUGUAUGCUACGAAAACCGUACAAGAUAAUAACAUGGGUGCACUAAAUAUAUCCAUUAAUAUAAAUAAUAGAAAUAUAAAUGGAUUAAAAACAAAUGAACAAUUACAGACAGAACAAAAUUCAACAUCAACAUGCCCUUUAAAUGUGAAUAAAAUGGCAGUGUCCAAUAUUUCCCCAACCCAAACCUUAGUGUUUUAUCAACGCUUGUUUGUUCCCAGUGACAGUCAGGUAAUAGAUAGUAAUGCUUUCAAUAUAGAAAUAACAAAUGAUCAAGGUUAUAUUGCACAAAAUUAUUAUUUUUAUGCAAAAAUUACUUGCCCUAAAACAGACAUAAGCAUAGAAAAUGAAAUAAGUUCUAUGAUUCCCAAUAAAACUGGAGAAUUACAAGGUAACACAAAUAGUCAAACAAAUAUACAACAAAAUUCUAUUUUAAAAAAUGGUGCUCUCGCAGGAACACAAUUAUUAAGCAUUAAUGAUAAUAACAAUAACAAUAACAUAAAUUUUAUGAAAUAUAGAAACUCCGAUAGCAAUAAUAAAUUGAGUUAUAUCAUAUUUUUCCUUUCAAUAGUUACAUAUUUUGUGUUUACAACAUCAUUUUAA